AUGGCAGCGACAGGUUUGACACGAGAACAAAGCUUUAAAGCUUUUGAUGGUUAUCAAUACGUGUACAAUCAUGAAAGUGAAACGGUUGGCUGUAAAAUGAAAUUCGGCGUUUAUGUUCCACAGAAAGCUGAAAAAGAAAAAGUACCUUUACUGAUUUUUCUCUCUGGUUUAACCUGUACGGAACAAAACUUUAUUACAAAAUCCGGUGUGCAACGCCUUGCUUCGAAAUAUGGUUUCAUCGUUGCGAACCCUGAUACAAGUCCUCGUGGUUGUAAAAUCGAAGGUGAUAGUGAGAAUUGGGAUUUCGGCGAAGGUGCAGGAUAUUAUGUUGAUGCCACAGAGAAUCCCUGGUCGAAAAAUUAUCGCAUGUUCUCGUAUGUAAACGAUGAAUUUUAUCAAUUAAUCAUUAAAAAUUUCAAUGUCGAUGUAAAUCGCAUUGGAAUAUUCGGACAUAGUAUGGGUGGUCAUGGUGCUUUAAUCAGUUAUUUUAAACGACCUGGUCAAUACAAAUCCGUUUCAGCCUUUGCGCCCAUUACAAAUCCAUCAAAAGUUGAAUGGGGAAUCAAAGCUUUUACAAAAUUCUUUGGUCAAGAUGAACUUCUUUGGAAGCAGUAUGAUGCAACUGAACUUGUCGCAUCUUAUCAUGGCCCGAAAACACGUGCUCCGAUAUUAAUCGAUCAAGGUUCGGAUGAUAAUUUUCGAAAUAAAUAUCUAUUUCCCGAGCGAUUGAUCGAUGCUGCAAAGAAAGUCUCGUUUCCAAUCGAAUGCCGCGAACAUGAAGGUUAUGAUCAUAGUUACUACUUUAUUAUGACAUUCAUCGAAGAUCAUUUUAAAUACCACAAGGAAGAAUUUGAACAUAUCAAAUAA